AUGUCAGAGAAAAUCCUCGAAGAAGCAGAAACGACAGUGAUUACAAAAAACUUCAUUGAAAUCAAACGUCAUGUUCUUCGCAAAUGUAAAGUCAACAGCUAUACUAAUAAUUUUGAAUUUGUCGAUGCAUUGUCAGAAAUGGAGGGAACAUACACAACACGCAAUGGUACUGAAUAUACAUUAAUUCAUGAUUCAAUGCUUGAAAUUAUUGCAUAUCACUUCGGUUGCCAGUUUCCAGAUCUUAUUUUGCAAUUUAUGAGCAGUAGUUAUAUUGCUAACAACGUAAAGGUACAGGAAAAUAAACCAAUCAAUGGAAAUAAUGAAUUGAGUGGAGAAGGACAUAAUAGAUUAUAUAGUGAAAGUAAAAGUGAGCCAUAUGAUCUCUGUAUAAAGUUAAGAGAGGAAAUGUAUCUGAUGUUAGCAGAGCGGUUGUACAGGGAUAUAGAAAAUAUGGAACUGUAUGAUGUGUUUAUGAACAAUGUUUUAAAGGAACCUAGGGUGUAUCAGGCUUUUGAGGAAGUAUUGGAGACAAAGUCUGAUACAGAGUUGGAGUCGUUAUUUCUCUCAGAGCGGACAGACAUAUCGAAGGUAAUGAAUAAAUGUGAGAGGGAUUCAAAGGAAUUGAAUUCGGAUCGGGGAAGACAGAAUGCGCUCUUGAAUAAGGAAAGCGAAUCUAAAACUAAGCACCUUAUUAGAGUUAUCAGUUGGGUAAUUUAUUAUGGACAUAAUCGAAUCCUACAAUAUAUUUUAAAACGAAUGGAAGACGAAAGAAGAGCACCUGUAUUAUUUAAGAACAUAACAAUGAAUGAAAUAAAUGAAAAAUACCGGUUACUUUUAUUGAGUUGUUACAGUGGUGAUUUAAAAAUUGUUAAAAUAUGCAUGAAAUAUUUAGAUAAUGAUACACUUAACACGGUUCUACGACGUACAUUAAGCUGGUAUAAAUGUCCACUUACAGCAGCAUGUGAGGGUGGAAAUAUAAGUAUAGUGAAAGAAUUGUUAGUGGCUGGGGCUAGUGCAAACCUUCCUAGUGAAUCAACUACGCCGCUUAUAGCAGCAUGUAGGUAUGGCCAUAUGGAUGUAGCUAAAGAGUUGAUAAAGGCUGGGGCUGAAGUUAAUUUUAAAGUUCAUAAUGAAACACCACUGAUGGCAGCUCUUAUAAAAGGACAUGCAAGUGUUGUGCAGGAGCUGAUAAAGUUAAAAGCAGAUAUUAAUCUACCAGGUGGAUAUGAUUUCAAAGGCUCAUCUGAUACACCGCUUUCUUUGGCAUGUAGGACAGGGAAUGAAAGUAUAGUAAAGGAUCUGUUAAAAGCAGGUGCUGAUGUCAAUGUAAAAGGCUCAUCUGAUACACCGCUUUCUUUGGCAUGUAGGACAGGGAAUGAGAGUAUAGUAAAGGAUCUGUUAAAAGCAGGUGCUGAUGUCAAUAUAAAAGGCUCAUCUGAUACACCGCUUUCUUUGGCAUGUAGUAAUGGGAAUAUUUGUAUAGUAAAGGAUUUAAUAAAGGCGGGGCCAAUGUAA